CUCAAACAAUUUGUCACGAUUCACACCAUAUGCUUUGCAGUCGUCACGUUUCAUAUAUUCUGAUAUAUUCAACCUGAUAUCUUGUAUACUCGACCUUUUUAUAUGCCAAUUUGCUGUGAGCACAUUAUUACGUGGGAAUGAUUGGUUGUUCUCCUUGUUGGCUACAAAGCAUUACGUUUUAGCACGGUUGCGGAAGUUUCUUGGUUUAGGCCCAUAUCAACGUUGUGUGGCUGACGAUCCUUCGUUGAUUAGAAUUUAAUGAAUAUCUAGUUUGCCUGGACAGAUAACGGAUCAUCAGAAACACGUUUCACGCGCCAGUCUCAAGGUAGGUUUAACACAAGCCAGUGAUACAAAUAUAAAAUAAUUGAUUCAAAUAUAAAAUGAGGUUUUAUCCCGCGCAUUUAUUCUGGCUUUAAAUCAAAAUAACUAAGCCUUAUCGCGCUAGAGGUACGCCUCGGGUAUGUCUGCCAUUGCAAUUUCAGGUUUUGUUGAAUGUUUAUGAAGAAUACGGACAAUUGGCGAUGCUGAAAGAUCAGUGUUUCAGAUAGUGACAUUGGCCACGUAUCAAAUCGGCCCAAUAAACCGUGAUGUAUAUCACGCGUAUUUCCAGUUAUUUAGUCAAAAUGUAAAUCGACUUCAGUGGUCAGUAUGAACCGAUUGGUUUUCAUCAUCACCUUAUUUGUAUGUUAGCUACGUAUUUUAUUGAUUAAAAUUUCAAAAUUGUACAACUUAGGCUUGGUUCGAAAAGCAUGAAUCAGCCGACGAUUCUAUAAGCAGUUAAAUUUAAAGUAAACGCCGGAAAAUAAAAAAUCUUUAGAAUCAAGAUAUGGACUAAAAGUAAAACAUCCGAUGUUGUGACAAGGUCUGGUGUUGAUUCUGUAGUAGGAUUUAAAAGAUUUAAUUCUGUAAUUAGUCCUAUUGAACGUUGCCGAACCUAAAAACGAUUGCUCCUACAUUAUUACAUAACUAAAAUUGUAUAUUUCUGUGCUUUUGCUCAGGUUUAGCUCGGAAACUCGCGUCGAAAAUUUAACCAAUACUACAUCGGGUUGAUUACCUAUAUACUAUAAUUAAAAGAUUCAGUUUAAUUAAGGUGGCGCCAGCUUGCGAUUUAAUUAGCCAUAUUAUAUACACUACAACAAAAUUUAAAUUGGCACGAAAAUGGUUUCAGAAUUGAGCCGAAAUUAAGUGCUUUGAGCCUUCGGUUAUAUAAUCAGAACAGGGCAACAACAAUGAAAAUCGUUUCCACAGCAAUUAAUUUGACAAGAAUGGUAAUUUUUAUAGAUAUUGGUUAUUGUUUAGAUAUUGGUUAUUGUUUAGAUUACAGAUUUACAAAAUCAACCGUAUGUCAACCACAAGUCUUCUGUUGUUGCGAGGGCAGAAUCCUGGAAUUAUUAGGCGAGUAAAAUCGUUGAACGUUCGCCAAAGUAAAACACUGAAAGAGCAUUUCCAGCCAUUUCCUACAAUAAUUUUGUUUAUGAUGAUAAUAUGAGUCGCCUAAUGAUAUAUAUAGGCAGAUAUAUAGUGACAUGUCCGAAUUGAAAUAUAGUACAGAUUCGUGUGGUUGAUUAUAAUAUCACCCCCAACACCUCUGCAUGACUGAAGAAAAAACAAUUAAACUCACAAAUUUAAUUGUACGUAACAAUGGUAUAAAGUUUGAACUGUUCCUCUGCUCUGAAAAAUCUCACGUACGUAUACUUACCUAUCCUAUCAUAUAGCUAUUUUUGCUUUUAUACUUAAAAAUAUACAUUCCGAACUUGGAAGGGCAUGCACAACACUGUAUUUGGUCCCAAAAGGUCAGAUUAGAGAAACGUAGCAGUAAAAAUUGAAAACCCAGAAAAAAUCAGAAGCAAAUAGGUGGUCGUCUGCAAGAGUUCCCUGUGCUUUGGAGAUACAUGAGUAAGACGCAAUUUAUGCAGAUGAUGCAUACCUUGUUGAAUGAUUAUGAUGGUUCAUAAUGUUUGAACUUCAAUAAGCUAGUAAAUAAAUCUUCAAUAAUAGCUAGCAACCUUUCUAUUUACUUUAGUGAACCAACUUCCCAAACAAACCACAAAAAUGUAUGUUUAUAGACACACAAGUCAUUGUCGUAACAAUUAUUUGGGGGUUCAGUCAAUUCUCUCCUAUCGCAUUCCAGAUAAAAGGUGGCGAAUUGGAAAGAUGCGAGUCCGACUGUUAUCAAAUAUGGGGAGGAGAUGUGGGAUCCACUCCCAGAAGGCAGAAUAUUUUUGUAUUUUUAAGCCUCCUGGCUUAAUUUUCUGCAUUUUCAAAAAACUUAUAAAUAUGUCCAAUCUAUACUACAGACUGAGGUUUCAGUAUAAAGACAAGGCUUGGUUAUUGAGGGAAUAUAAAAACGCUCAUUUGAAGUCAGUCUUCUCUUUUUUUUCGUAUACUUUAGACAAAAGGGACUUUUACUGGAGGGCCAAUAUAGUUUACUGAAGGGGAGCAAGGUGGGGGGCUGGAGGGGCAUUGACCCCCCAGGUCCAGUAUAUACUGCAUGUUAAAACAGGCCCUGAUGAAAUAUGGUUAUACCUUGCAGUAUAUAGUCUGUACAGAAAUUAGAAACGUUUUGUCAAUUGAAAUUCGCGGACGCUCGCCGAUGGUGUUUAGUAUAUAAAUUAUAGCCUAUAUAGGACCGUCUGAAUGAGAUUAUCGCGUCAACUCUAUUAAAUACAAAAACUGGUAGCCUGCCUCUUUCCAUUCAAAAAUGGAUUCGUGCGCUGGGGGUCAGUUCUGCGUAUGUACAGUACGUUAAGUGCUGAAAACCUGUGUAACAAUUACAUGCCCACGUGCAUAUAGGCCAAUCGAUGAAGUCUGACUCGUCCCCAGUCGCUUACCCAACGCGCGCUGAAUCAUGAAUCAUUGAAUCAUUGCACUAUGAAUAAGCAAUGUUAGGGACUGUGGAAGAGUGAGCGAUGAAGUGGUAACGCCAUAAUCAGUUUGCGUAUUGUUAUCAGUGCUUAGUGCUAUCUGUGAUACGGCAUGCACCGCACUCUGCACUCACAUUCACAAUCAUUCUAUAUUUUUUUUUUUUAAUUUUGAAAUGGAGAAUAGCACAACAAUAAAUAAUCGUUUCGUAGCUUUGUUGCUGAUCACUGAUGAGGAAUCGCGAUUUUAUCACUAUAUAAGCUCCAUAAGACUUAAACAAGAAUGAGAGUUAGCAGUCACACAUAGUGUUACGGGGGACAUUUGAAGCUCUAGAUUAACAAAAUAAAGGUUUGGUGAGUGUUUCAACUAUGUUUAAACUUAAAUAAAAUACAUGAAUGAUAGUGUUGGAGAAGCAUUAGGAACAGCUAACCAAGUUCGCGUGACUGACAUCCUUGUUUGAUCUGGGCUUAAAUCUUAGUUAUCAGAAAAUCGCGGCGACUACUGAAACGAAAAACGAUUUUUUUACAUAACUAAUCGCGAGUUAUGGGGUUAGUUUUGAUUGGAUACUUCGACAACAACAAUAUUGCAGACUAAUUUCAUAUCAAGCAGAAAAUUAAACAGCUUGAACAAUUAAAAAUAUUUCUGAUUUAAAAAGCGUAAAACAUUCCUAUACUACAGUUAAGCAUUUUCCAUGUAUAUACUAACGGAAAAGUUUAAAUCUUUUUAAUAUUAGUACAAACAGAAAACUAUAUUCUGUGUUUUUAUUUAUUCAAUUAUUUCAUUUAAUAGUAAAAUUUAAUUGAUGAAUUUAAACUUUUCCGUCGAUCUCGAAUGACGACAGCUAGCUUUUUGUAUUGAACAAGCUUUCCUUGCCUUUGGACUGAAAAAUGAAAAUAUAUAUAAGGAGAAUUUCGACGUUUCGAGCGAAGGCCCUACGUUGGCGUUUCCAGUUCAUUCUUCUCGAUUGUCUAUGUUUUAUAAACACAUUCGGGUAUAAAUAACGCAUUCAUGAACAUGCAUGUGUAUUAUAAUGUUAUACACCGCAUUAUACUUUUACACAUGCAUGGCCAUGGCGAUUUGUCGAGCCAAAUUGCGAUGAACGUUAGUGAUAUUUGGGAAAUAUCAUGCAUGCGUUAUUGAACUGAAGUAACAUUUUGCAAAAGUUGAAAAUUGGCCCGACAAAUGAAAUUAUUUUAUUAUAAAUAAUAAAUAAGCUAUCGACCCUUGAGGCUAAAAAUUGGGGUGAACCGGACGUCAAGAUUAGGGUUAAAAAAUGAUGUCUCGAAAUUUGCAUUCGUAUGCCAUUAUGUACUCAUUCCGCAUGCCAUUCCCACGUACGGCCAUUCCGUCUUUUACACUCAGACACAAUAAAGCCAUUGGCAUUGAAGUAGGCUGUUAUUUAAUCAAGUUUGUUAUGGUCAACCUGAUCACAUCUUGAUUUUACUUUAUUUUCAUGUGAAAUAAAUUUCGAUUAGAUAUUUAAUAUUAUUGGCCCAAAUUAUACAUGCAUGCUUGGUCUUAUCUUUAAUAUCUUAUUGUUCAUAACUUCUGAGUUACCCUUGAACUUUUCCAUCCUUCACUUUAUUUCGUCUAAUUCAGUCGAUUAAUAAGAAAUUUAUUUUUCUACCAUAGGCAUAGCCCGUAACUAAAUACAGAUAACUUGGUAUGAUCGGCUUGAAAAUUCCUUCCCUUUUUCGUUUCAGCAACACAGUAGUGAGCUUAAAAUUAAGAUGCACCAAAUCUGCGACGCAGAAGCGACUGAGAAACAGCCGCUAAUAAUGGGAGACUAGUUUUACUUUGUUUUUCUCGUGUCCCUGGCCCAACCUCGUACCCAGGAUCUUUCAAAGGACAGAAGGAGAGACCCUGGGAACGAGGUUGUCCCUGGCCCUGUUUACCAACAACAAUCCAUAGUUUUUAUCCGUGAAGUGAAACUGUGAUAAUAGCGGCAGUUUUUGGUCAUGUCCGCGUCGUAGAUUUGGUGUAUUUUAAGCUCACAAAUAUCAAUAUAAUGAAUUCACCGCUUCGUUGCCCUUGAAUUGCGUCUAGUCAGGCUGCAGCCUCCCCCGCUUGCGGAAUUACGCAAUAUAUGGCCGGCGGGCAUGUGGGCGGUAGCGGGGUAUGGUAGUAGGACUCUCUUUCGCAGAGGCUUUUAAAGGAUCAAUUUAGGAAGAAUUUUGCGAUUGCCCUAGAGGGAAAAUAUGAAAGUAACUGCUAAAAUUCGGUGCAUCUUUUUUUACCUUCUAGCGCAAUUACGAAAUUCAUUCUAAACGAAUAUACCUUACUCUUUAGCGCUCGUUUUCGUGAGUGAGACAUUAAGCUUUCUAAUGUCACAUACGCCAAAACGAGGCUCUACAGGGUGUUAAUUUGAAUGCCUGAUUCCUAUACUGAACCCAUGAGUGUGUAAAAGUUUCUUAAACGUUUUUGGUAUCGCUCAACGUACUAAUAAUAUUUAAUAAUAACGCAGCGAGUAAAAUAGUAAAAACUCUUUGCUCUAGCUGUAUUCGUUGAACCAUUUUUAAUCGAACUGACGGGAUUAAUUUCUAAGUCGUUUUAAUUUAUCUACAAUUUAUGCAGUAUGAACAUGCUCGUGCGAUUACAAUGAUUCUAACUGACUCCCAGAGGUAUAAUGAAGUUUGGGUGUUUAUAACAAAAAGGUGAUUUCUAACUUGGUUUCCAUAUGGUCAUAAAAAUAGAGUCACGAUCUUUCUCAAUGGCCAGUUUAUAAUAAUUUAUUGUGCGUCAAGGGCCUUCGCUCGAAACGUCGAGUUUCUGCUUAUUUUUUUAAGGUAGUAAUAUAACCACUCAGCACAGCAUUUUCACAUUGGUACUACCUACACUGGUACAGACAGUUUUAGUAAAUAAUAAUUUAUACCUGUAAACCACAUAUAAAUCAUAAGUAUUCUCUAGUUUCGUAUCAUUCUGCGUAUUUUCAGUUCUAAAAUGUUGUAUUUCGGCUGAUGAGAAAGAUCGUGACUCAAUUUGUACGACGUACCAUAUGAAAACCAGACUUAUAGGUUCCCUUUUUUUGAGACACCCUGUAUAGCCAAAGCGACGUGCUUUCCGGAAGGGUGUUUAUUUUGCUGGCGCUCCCAAAUUCCUCAACUCUAUCAUGUCCUCAGGUCGGGCAAACAUCAGAACCGCGAUGAAAUCAUGGUUUGUCAAAACCAAACACGUUCCGCUAAAACUCAUAAUUGGCGACUGUAUGGCACAUCGAUUUGUAUCGGUAGAUAGGUAAACCGGUUAUGAAAACGGUACACUGUGUGCACAUCAAACUGUACAGUAUACUUUUGGAUCAGUUUUGAUUCAAACGUACAGGAUAUUCUGACAAUGCAUCUUAUUUAAAUUGUUGAACCAUGUGAUCACACGGUGAAUUCAGAUUGGUCAGGUCAGGAAUACGACACAAGUUCGUGUACCGUGCCAAAAUACAAGUACACUAUAUCGGAAAUUUCAGUACUAAACUGCUAAAUAUAUCAUACGAUAAUGUACAUUAUGCAUGCACUUGGUUGGGCGCGUGAAAAGCACUGUGUCUAAGCCGAUAUCGAACCUGUGUCGCAUAAUACGACAUGACUUGUCGCCUAUUUUGUGCCGUGUCGAACCUGAUCAAAACUUACCGAACUUAAUUGAUUUAGACGUCGCUCUUCUGUCGUACUUAAUCGUCAGUAUUGGUUCGGUGCAUGAAAAGUUCGCCGUCUAAACCAGGCCUUAGGAUUGAUGUCAUUGAUCUCGGGUUUGACCGAUAAGAGUCGGACAAAGAGACUUGUUUCAAGGCCCUCUCUCAAACGUGGCUCGGAUGGGAAGGCAGCUCGCUACACCUUUAGCUACACCCAGACUCCUAAUACUUCUAACCCCUCGAGAGACUUGAACAAGUCUAGCUCGUGGUGAAUUUUAUCGCUUUCUGUUCUACCUGGCUGUUCUAAAAUAUUUUAUAUUUAUUUGUUAGAAAAUUUGAUAAUGCCUAUAUAGACAAACAAAAUAAAUGUUAUUAGAGAAGCUUCAAGCACGGUCCACAGUGCGGAUAUUACGAGUUUUUUGCACUACGUAUAUAUACUGAAUUAAAUUAGCCGUAAAAUAAUGAUAAAAUAUGAUAUAAGGACAAAACUCUUUAUGUUCAGUCGUUGUGGUCGUUCUCAGUUCAUGCUAUUAGUUCCUUGCAGUACCUCGCAGCAAGCAUGGAUAAUGAUGAGACGUAAUGAUAAUGACCAAUCAACGAGGCACUAGCCUACGAGGAAACCGGAAGAAAAUGUGACGUCGGGAACAGUAAAACGAACCGAAGAGUGAAUAAUUUAUUUCCAAUUCUACGAAAUUAUAGUUCCUUACACUGCAGCUUACGCAGAACCUUCUUUGGCAUAUGAAAUCUAUCAUGGGAAAUUCUUUUUAAAUAUAUUGUAAUGCAAUAAUGCAGUAUCAUACGGGAUACGGUUAUUAGGUGGGGAGAUUCCGCCCAUGUCGCUUUCACUUUGAACUGCGGAAACCAGUAACAUUGACGCACAUAAGGCCUCAUUAGCAUGCAAAUGAACACGUUUAUAUAUAAUUCUUUCCCAGAUUAUUAAUUUAAAAUUUGCUAUGUGGUUUGCUCCUAACGUGUUGACAAAUGUUAUUAGAGACACGUUAUAACAAACCGCAAAAGACCUGUAACUAUUUCUCAAAACUUACAUUAUUAUGCAGAAAUCUGAUUGGCUGAAUGCAGUCACGUGCUGUGAAAAGCAUUAGAACACGGAAGAGCAAAGGAUGCAGCAUCGUUAUGGCGAGUCAAGUUCCUUUAAACUCGGGCAGAACAACCGGCUUUUUGGCGAAAUUACAAGACGCUAUCGAGAAAGCUGUAACGCAAAAGAUUCAGGUUGAUAGAAAAACCAUCGACAAAGCAUGGAAGUUAAUGGAAAAGGUGAUAAAAUACUGUCAACAUUCGCGGAUGCAUUUAAAGAACAGUCCCCCAUACAUUUUGGAUAUUCUACCAGACACCUACCAUACUCUUCAAGUUAUCAUGGGAAAAUACGAAGACAAGAUGCAUAUACUCAUCGAGAAUGAAUACUUCAAAAUAUUUCUUGAUAAUCUUAUGAGGAAGCUGAAACAGGCGAUUCGGUUAUUCAAAGAAGGCAAGGAACAAAUGUUUAUAGAGGACUCACGUUAUCGGAGAGGUCUGACCAAACUGAGUUUGAUUUUCAAUCAUAUGCUUGCCGAAUUGAAGGGGAUAUUUCCAAAUGGAUGUUACAUUGGCGACUCAUUUCGAAUAACCAAAUCCGAUGCGGCUGAAUUCUGGAGAAAUUCAUUUGGAACGAGGUAUUUUAUAACAAUUAAGACUAACUUAUCUAUGACAUAAUUUCCAUAUUUUUUUCAACACCGUGUCUUUCAUGUCAUUUUAAAGGAUUUAAUUUCAUUUGUUUUGAAAUACGUGUGUAUUCAGUAUUCCAGUUGUCAAUAGGCAAAAACUCAUAGGCAUAUAGUUUCCUUACAGUAAGAAGUGAAGUCUAAAGCCAUUAUGGAAACACCUGUUGUAUAUAAUUUGUGUGUAGAAUAUUUCAAACUAAAAACACCAGUCAUCUGAUAACAAAACACUUCAGGCUGGAUCUUCUCAUCUUGAAAUAUUAUCGUGCGACUUCUAGCUAGCUUUCGAACUUAUAACUAACCAUUUAUCUUUGUGAUUUUAAACGGCAAAGGAAGUUUUAUGUCGCACAAUUUCUCAUUAUUUGUUACAAAUUGUUUAUAAGAUGAAUUUAAAUGAUUUUCAUUAUAUUAGUUAAUGGAAAUUUGCAUAGUUUGUCGUGUGUCAGUCUGGGACACUCAACAAAAUAACAGCUUUGUGUGAAUCACUCACUAUUGUAUAUUUCUAUCUCUUCGUAUUGGAACCAAAAUUAUUGAAUGAAUCAGAAUAUAUACAGACCCUGGGAUUUGACUGGUGCUAGGAUUUUAAAUAAGAGGUUACAAAACCGAAUGCCAAGUUUAUUGUCAUCCCCUGCGACAAAUUCCUGUGAGGUAGUCAGACCCCAGUCCUUGGCUUAAACCCAGAUCAAUGAGAGUUGGCAAUCACACGAUCUUGGUUCGGCUGUUCUUAAUAAUCUUUCUCAACACUAUUAUUUUAUUUAAGUUAAAACAUAGUUGGAGCGCUCAUUAAACCUUUAAUUUGUUAAUCUAGAACUUGAAAUGCCCCCUGUAACAAUUUGUGACUCUCAUUCUUGUUUCUCAGGGGCUUUGCAGUUUCAUUAAUAGAAGUGUUCCUAAAAUGUUCUUCUACUAAUUAAUUUGUUCACAUGAACCAAUUCAUUUUAUCAGUUAUUUAAAAAUGUAAUAACUCCCCAUGUAAUUCACUUCCUGUUGAAUGCACUAAUCACCUUUGGUUUUGGUGAUACUGACCAAUCAUAAAAGAGACCAGAAAUGAUCAAAUACAUGAAGUUGCAGAUAAUUGGUCAAAAUGUCUCAAAUGAAUUGGUUCAUGUGAGAAAGUGAAUUGGUAGAAUAUUUUAGGAACACUUCCAUCACCACCACAACUAGAUAUAUCAUUUUACAGCAGUUUGAGAUACAAUUACAACAAUCCAACAAACAUGUCCCAAACAAUUUUUAACCCAUUGAGCUGCAAUGCGCCCUACUUAUUUUUUUACUUGUCUAACACCAGACGAUUUUGCUCGUCAACUGUAAAUGAUUUUACUUGUUUCACUAAAAAUUAAUGGCAUUUAUUUAAUUCAACGUUAUUACUAUACAUAACCCCCUGACUAGUAAAAUCAAUAGCAAAGUAGCACACAUUAGGGCGCAAUGCAACUUAAUGGGUUAUAACUACAGUAGACACAUGGGUAUAUUGUCUGGUUAACCCAUUGAGUGCCAGUGCUCUCCCAGGCUGGCUAGAUAAAACUGCCUGGUGUCACACUACACAACAAUAACGAUACGAUAAAUUAUAAACGUGAUAAUUGGCAAAAAAAUUGUGUUAGUGUCCACAUUACAACAAAAAUGAUAAAAUUAUCGUUUGACAAUAAUGAUAACGAUUUUAAAAUCGCUCACCCAGGCGAUUUUAUUCAGUCGGGCGAUAAAGAUAAAUUUUUGACAAAUCAGCACACGUAUACAAGUUAUAUCAUUAUUGCUGUGCAGUGUGACCUGGGCUUUAGACAGUAAAUAACAAAUAUUGGCGUACCUGGAGCCGGUACGUAAGUAUGCGAAUUAUCGCACCCACAUUAUUUGCUCUGCCUAAUGCCAGAUGAUUUUACUUGUCAAGUGGAGAACACUACCACUCAUUUGGGUUAAUCAGACUAUUUGCCCAUCCACCCCCGGUAAGUGGCAAUGCAGCCUGAUGCACGACAAUUUUACUUUGCCUAACACCAGACGAUUUCACCCAUCAAGGGGCUACUCAUUGGGUUAAUAGUAAGUUUAUAAUACCAGUAAUAAGUUUAUAUUUUCCUGUUAUUCUCAUUAUUCUUCUAUCAAAUUUCUUAGGUCAAUUGUUCCAUGGAAAUUGUUUCGCCAGCAUUUUCAUGCUGUCCAAGAAAUCUCAACUGGCUUGGAAGCCAUUGCUCUAAAAUCAACCAUAGACUUAACAUGUGAUAGUCAUAUUUCGAUCUUUGAGUUUGAUGUCUUUGUGAGGUUAUUUCAACCUUGGGGCAGAAUUCUUAGGAACUGGAAUUUAUUGGCUGUAACCCAUCCAGGGUAUUGUGCAUUCUUGACGUAUGAUGAAGUGAAAGCAAGGCUUGAGAAGUUUAUUGACUUGCCCGGAAGGUAAUUAAUAUAUUCCAAAAUGUUUCUUUCUUUCUGGAUUCGGCUUAGGGUUCGGUUUUUAUUAAAUACCCCUGGCCUGGGCAGAUCUAGCCUCAUCUGCAAGGAGGGGUGCAGGUUUUCCAUGGGGUGGUGCAUCAGGGAAUCUUACUGCCCAUUCUCCUCUGCAGUCUGAGAUUGCUGAAUCUGCAUGUUUGCCAUUCUGUUAUGUUUUACAUUAUCUUUUGUUUAUUAUGUAUGCAUGACUGGGUAGUUGCUGUAGCACAGUACAGGAAAUUUGCUUGUUUGCUGUAUGUUUGAAAAUAUGGUUGUAUAACAACAUCAACAUGUUUACAUAUUUAACCAUGGUAUUGAACUGAUAAAAGCAUUCUGAGUAUUUUCUUGUGAGCUCACAAAUCAAAUAAAUUGGUUCAAAAAAUCGACAUGCGCUAACAGUAGGAGUUCCACUAAUCACUAUUCGAAAAGGCAGAAAAUGUAUGGUCAAGCAGAUUUUUUCAAGGUGGUGCUGGACUUCUCUAGAUGGUGCUAGAUACCACUAGGUUGGCGUGCAUACCCCCGAAACUCCACGGUAGAUUCACCCCUCCUGGAAACCUCCUGAAAAUGGCAAAACCUGUUAUUAUAGUAAAUACUAUUUCAUCAAGCUUGAUAUUUGUUUCUUUGUGCUUCCUUAAGCAUAAAUAUCAAUAUUUGUUCAACUGAGAAAGCUUGUCCUAUAGUAAGAUUGCAUUGUCUAGCCAGAGAAGCCAUGCCAUCAAACUAAGGAUAUUGGAUGUAGUAUGUUUGUUGUCAAUCGAAAUUAAUAAUCAACCUAAUUAAUAAUCAACCUACAAUCGAAAUUCUUUGCUUGAAAAGAAAUAUCAACAAAAUUGUACAUUUUCAGUACCGGGAAAUUGAAAUUUAGUUUAACUUCAUUAAAAAUAGACUAAUGAACGAAUGGCAACUGUGUUUGAAACUAAGUUUAAUAUUUUUUGCUAUUUUUUGCUAUUUUAGGACUAACUUUUUAAACCUACUUCAAAUUUUUGAGACACCCAGUGUGCAGUGACGUUUUAUGUGAUUUUUUGUGUAGCUAUUUAUUCCGAUUGAGUUGCACACGUUUGGGACAAUGGGCUAUUGGGUAUGUCACACCUGGAAAGAACAUUCUUCAAACAAUUCCUCAAAACAAGUCCUUGUUCCAAGCUUUAGUUGAAGGCUACAAAGAAAAAUAGUAAGUUGAUCCCUUUGUUGCCUGUAUUCAAGGGAAGGGUUGUUUGGUGCUACAAGUAAUUGAAGAAAUGAAAGAAUUCUUAAGACAAUAUAUAUUAAAAGAAAACAAGACAAUAUAUAUUAAAAGAGCAUUUGAUAUUUUGCCAGAGAAUAUUAAAAGAUAAUUUAUUUAUUGAACGUUCUCUGACUAAAUAUUUAUUUCUACGAGCUUUCGGCUAUCAGUCUAUAGCCUUCGACGGGUAAUCAUAGGAACCUUAAAACCUUAGACAAGGGAAAUCAUAGGAACCUUAAAACCUUAGAGUCCUGGCACACUGCACUAACAGACGAAGCUGAUAAUAACUCUAAUACGCUUCCAGCACAAUACACAAUACUUUUAAGAAAGGAACUCAAGAAACAUUAAUUAAAUAUUUAUAUUCCUCAUUUGUAACAUAGCAUAUAGAUAGUCUCAUAUUUCAUACCACGUAUUUAAGUUUAGCGUCCUUUAUUGAAUCAUUUGUAUACCUCCGUCGAAGGCUAUAGACUGAUAGCCGAAAGCUCGUAGAAAUAAAUAUUUAGUCAGAGAACGUUCAAUAAAUAAAUUAUGUUUCAACCUGGCUACGCAUCCUCUAUUUUUUCAAUAUUAAAAGAACUGUCUGUAAUCAGCGUUAAAAAGUGUUGUGCAACUGUGUGACUUGAAAUGUUACUGCACAGACAAGGUAUUGUAUUUGGUAAAGCUUUCAUUGUCGACGAGGUUCUCUUCAGAAUAAUUUGCACAAACACGCUGUUAAUCCCUUUAUAUGUUACUGAAGAAUAAUCUAUAUACCAACAAUUGUCGGUGUAGUUGAAUUUUCUAUUCUGCGAAUCUCAAUCAGAAGAUGGCACUUAUGUGAACUUUAUUUCUGCCGGUGUUGAUCAGGUUGCCCAAAAAUGAACCCAGUGGUAUUUUAUAUUUACAGAAGGCCAUUAUCAGUGAUGUAUUUUUAUUACUUGCAUUGGAAACAUGAAAAUUGGUUGUCUGGAAUAAAAUUCAAUUGCCCUGAGGGUCUAGUUUUGCCCUCACAUAUAUUUGAGGCCAAUGUUGCAGUAAGGAUUGAUUAAUCACCAUAAUCUAAUCUUAUAUUUUAUUUAAGUCCCACGUUACAUCACUGCUUAUAUAUCAGUGUUUACAGUACCACAAAUUCAAUUGUUGUGGAUUUGUGACUUUAAAAAAGAAACUUGAUGUGGAUUUGCUAAAACUAUACUUGUGUUAUCCAUAGUUCUAAGGCCUCAUUGUGAUUUACUGAUUGUACUCUGCAGUUAUAUUCACACAUGCUUUCUUGUUUGUAUUUAGCUACUUGUACCCAAAUGGGCAUCGCAACAAUCCUGACCUAAGCCAGGACAUUGUUGAAAAGGCAAAUGAUCAUAUCCAAGUGACUGAGGAACAGUACGAACUGUACUGUGAAAUUGGCACCACAUUCGAGCUCUGUAAGAUAUGUGCUGAAAACGAUAAAGAUAUCCGCAUUGAACCGUGUGGUCACUUAGUUUGCCAAAGCUGUUUAGAACAUUGGCAAGAGAUAGGUGGUGAUGGCUGCCCAUUCUGUCGACAGGAGAUCAAAGAUAUGGAGAAAAUUGUUGUUGAUCCAUUUGUACCUUUUUCCAAAUCUGAAGAAGAUCUGACAAAGUCAUCCUCACUUGAUUGUGAUUCGGAAAAAGAAGAUGUUCUGGAGGUAGGUAAAACAUAGCUUGAAUACUGUAGAGUCUCGAACGUACCCCUCCCCUUCCCAUCUUAACUUUGGUUUUUGGCUGCUGUUGGGGACUGCUAGUUCCGGUCCCCCGAAAUUUUUUAAACACCUCAAAUUUGCCGCUACUUUCGGAAUUAAACGGUACUGGUUCGGGGAUUCUACUGUAAGAUAAAGUAAUCAUUUUUAGUGGAUUUCUUUUUAAUAGAGUGUUAUUGCAAGAAAAAACCGAAAUACCAGAGUAGUAGUUUAACUAGAAGCACUCUUCUCACAUGCGGUAACCAAUGUUGUCAUUCAUUUCUUAUGCAGGACAUAAAUAACUGGGUUCCGUCAAUGAGUAACGAAAGAAGAGAGCGUCUUCGUGUAGAAAUUCCAUCCCAGCCACCUCCUUAUGUCACACCAGAUGAAGAAGACACUGCACCUCCUCCACUUCCUGCUCGCAAGAACCAUGCCCAUCUUUCAGGACAUCUACAGUCACCAACAUCACCAGUUCUCUUCCCAAGAUCUCCACGGACAUCUCCUCGACCUUCUCCCAGAAGUUCACCUAUGGUUUCCCCAAAUCUAUCGCCUGAGAAUUCCCCCCACCCUUCCCCCCGUCUCCCCAGACAUCGUCAUGAACCAAUUGAUAUUCUGCCCGACAAUGAUGACAUCCCACCAAAGUUACCUGCGAGAACAAAGAAAGCACGAAGUGAAGAUCACUUGAAUAGCCACUUUGAUGCCGCAGCUCAUCCCAUGGACCCUGAGGAAGCACGUGGCCGAUUUCCCUAUGCAGGAAUUGACCAUGCUUGCAAUAAACGAACAGUACCGAUUGAAAAUUCAGCAAAAACGACUUAUGCUGACCUUGCAUUCCCCAAACAAGAUAAGGAUAUCGAAGUCAGUCGUAGGCAUCCGCCUAUUGGUCCACGCCUCAGUUUAAACGACAAGGAAAUUGCUGAUUUCAACACAACAGGACCAAACCACACUUCAUUCGAUGAUGUCGAUAAUAACUUUGCUAACAAUGACUUUUGUGUUCACGACGAUCCAUUUGAAGGUGCUAAUCCAUUUGUUGAAGACAAAUCUCAACAGCAGAAGGGUAACAGUUUACCUAGAGAUCAGUUUUUACGUCCUAGGUCUCCCCGUAGUAACUUGACUCAGACAUCAAAAUCUUUGGAAAACCUUACAGUCGACAGCACCAGCGAGUAUUCAGAGAAUGAAAAUGAUUAUACCGUACCCACUGGUGGCAACCCUGCUAUACUUCCCAGGUGUUUUAGUAAUCCUACAUAUGUUAGUAACUUUGAUUUUGUUAACUCCACAAAACCUGAGCUAUCAAGCACCUUCCCCCCACGACACAACCCCUCUGGAAGUGACGGGGAACAGUCAAUGGAGUUUAAUGAAGAAGAUUUUCAGAUUUUAAUGGGUCAAGGCUAUACCCGAGAAGAAAUUAAGAAAGCUUUAAUAAUCGCCGAAAAUAAUUUUGCAAUGGCACGCAAAAUACUCCGUAGCUACCACGGCACGAGACCACAUCAGGAAGAAUGAAGACUGAUAUGGAAUUACCAUAGUUAAUAGAAAAUAUACAUGGUUUUGAAAGGCACACAAAGGUGUUCUAUGUUUUUGUCUACAUUUAUGGGGACUUGUGCACUUUCGCAGUGAGUGAACGAAAUGCUUUUUCGUAUGUUAUGAACGAUCGUCCAACAGCAUAAUGUUCAAUUAAAUACUAUCAAACCUGGAUAAAUUAUUUGUGCACCUUCACGUUCUAUUCAACAUUAAAUGAAGUUUGAUUGUAAAGCUUUUUGAAAUUAACCAGUCUUCCUUACCAUGUUUAUUUUCUUUCAACUAUGGGAUAACUCUUGAUUUCCCAAAAGCAAUUUUACGCUAAUGCAAGUAUAUUGUUAUAAAUUAAAUAUUUUUCAUGUAAUGAACCAAAACGUUUCAGUGGAGCCUGCUGGACAUCAGGAUUCAUUGGUUGAAAUUUUUUCCUCACAAUUUUUAUCAUUAUUUAAUAACAUUGACUGCUAAUUGUAGAGAUACGAAGUACUGUAGCUGCAGGUUAUUGCUAUGAUUUUCUCUUCUUAUAAUGCAUGCGUAUUGUGAACCACUCUAAUCAAUAUAUUUGUGUAUAGAUACUUUUCAUUAUUAAGUAGCCAUUAUCGUUUGUUGUUUUUUUUUACUUAA